UAGGAUUGGCUGGAGAGAUGAGCUUUUAUUUUGAGCACAGGCCCGCUGUCGUCUCACUCUACAGGAACAGCUUGCUCUACUGGAGCCUGGGACCCCUUCAAUUCUACAGUUCAGGUGAGUGAGUGGUGACAACCGCAAGCAUGUUCAGUCGAGUGUUAUCCGGACGCAACUCUGCUGUGGUGGCGGCCAGCCUGGGUGCAGGUGCCCUGGUCUCCAGCUACAUUAUGACAGAGUCAGGAGUCUCUGCUGGAGAGAAGACGAAGCUCUACCCACCCAGUGCUGACUUCCCAGACCUGCGUAAACACAACAACUGCAUGGCUUCAGCUUUGACCCCUGCUGUUUAUGGUCGUCUGAGAGACAAACUGACCCCUAAUAACUGGAGUGUUGACCAGUGCAUUCAGACUGGAGUGGACAACCCCGGUCAUCCCUUCAUCAAGACUGUGGGUAUGGUGGCUGGCGAUGAAGAGAGCUAUGAGGUGUUUGCUGAUCUCUUUGACCCAGUCAUUAAGGACAGGCACAAUGGCUAUGACCCUAAAACCAUGAAGCACCCAACAGACCUGGACAGCUCCAAGAUCACUAAUGGUAUGUUCGACGAGAAAUACGUGCUGUCAUCCCGUGUGCGCACAGGCCGCAGUAUUCGAGGACUCAGUCUGCCACCUGCCUGCUCCCGAGCUGAACGCCGUGAGGUGGAGCGUGUGACUGUCCAGGCUCUUUCUGGACUGAAAGAUGAUCUGGCGGGCAAAUACUACAGCCUGACAGAGAUGACUGAACAAGAGCAGCAGCAGCUGAUUGAUGACCACUUCUUGUUUGACAAACCCGUAUCCCCCUUGCUGACUUGUGCAGGAAUGGCGCGGGACUGGCCCGAUGCCAGAGGCAUCUGGCACAACAAUGAAAAGACAUUUUUGAUCUGGAUCAACGAGGAGGAUCACACCCGUGUUAUUUCCAUGGAAAAGGGUGGAAACAUGCAGAGGGUGUUUGAGAGGUUCUGCAGAGGACUCAAAGAGGUGGAGAGACUGAUUGAGGAGAGAGGCUGGGAGUUUAUGUGGAAUGAACGUUUGGGAUACAUCCUGACCUGUCCAUCUAACCUCGGCACUGGUCUGAGAGCCGGAGUCCACGUCCGUCUGCCCCUCCUAAGCAAGGACAAACGCCUCAAUAAAAUUUUGGACAAUCUCAGGCUCCAGAAACGUGGCACAGGAGGUGUGGAUACCGCGGCAGUGGGUGACACUUUCGACAUCUCCAAUCUUGACCGUCUCGGCAAAUCUGAGGUUGAACUUGUUCAGUGUGUGGUUGAUGGCGUCAACUACCUGAUCGACUGUGAAAAGAAGCUUGAGAAGGGCCAGGACAUCACUAUCCCUUCACCAGUGUCCCAGUUCAAGAAAUGAUGACAUCUUCCUGAAUGGAGCAAGGCAGCUGAGACCUGUAACCUACUCUACAGGUCUUACUAUAUGGAACUCAACUAAAUAAAUAAUUCUUAUUUAAA